GUCUACUACACUCGAAUACUAUAGUGCCUGUACCUGUACUGCGGUUUCAAGAGGAGUAGCUAGCUCGCUAGGGUGGCACAGCCAAGUAUGCGGAUAUCCGGCGGGCAGGCGCUGGGGGAGGAAGCGGUCAGCGUGGUGCGGCAGGCGGUGAGCCUGGCGGAGCAGCGGGGGCACAGGCAGGUAACCCCGCUCCACAUGGUGAGCGCCAUGCUCUCGGCGUCCCCGGCACCGGCAUGCAUCCUACGCGCCGCCUGCCUCAGCUCCCAGUCCCACCCGCUGCAGCACAAGACGCUCGACCUCUGCCUAGACCUCGCGCUCAACCAGCUCGCCGUGGCCGUGAGCCGCCGCGGUGGCGACCACGUCGAACCUGCGCGGUCGAACGCGUUCACGGCCGGGCUGAAGCGGGCCCAGGCGCACGGUCGCCGGGGCCCCGUGGGCGGCGACAAGGUCGAGCUCGAGCAGCUCGUCCUCUCCAUCCUCGACGACCCUAGCGUCGACCGCGUCAUGCGCGCGGCCGGCUUCUCGAGCUCUCAGGUCAGGGCCAGCGUCGUUUCAUUGGAGCAAUCAGCGAGCUUUCCUGAUCCGUUUCCCGAGAAGAUCGGGGCUGGAGGACAACCAUCCCUCCAAACCGCCCCGGAGCUUCACCUGCCAGUCGUGGCCGACGACGUCCCACACGGAAGUGAGUGUCAAGCUAGCAAUGUAAAAUCAGGAGCAAGGUGGCCGGCCUUCUUUGGCUGCACCGAGGUAAUCCCCACGACGGUGAGCCUUCCUCCGUGGCUCCGCUACUACAAGGAUACAACUUGCAUCAGAUCAACAUACUGCAACACCAAUCUUCAAGCAAACGUACGUAUAACAUAUCCAGAUAGUUAGUCCCAUAC